GCGGAUACGGUCGAGUUUUACAGCAAGUUGGCCAAAAGCCUUUCGUUUCGACGUGAGCGCUUUACAAGCUGGGGAAUAGAUCGUAUACCCGUUAGUACCCUCGAGAACCAACUCGCAGCUCACGGCUUUCAAGAGAAAUACAAGAUCAUUGUGACGAAGUACAUCAACUACUUGAAAACGGGAGUAAUUUCGUAA